AUGGAGGACCGUGAUCAAACCGAGACAUCCUGGGCAGGCGGGUGUGACGGGGAUGUGGACCUUUCACGAUGUCUUCGACUUACCUAUACUUACCUUUUGUUCACAGAGUAUCGCGCUGUUUCAAGCACCUUCGACGUAUCAUGGGUAGUAUCUGGAAGCUUGCACAGGGUCGCACUUGCUGUUUCAAAUUCACCUGUCUUCGAGGAGAGCGAACCCAGAACACGCAAGGAUCCAGAGUUCGUGGUCGAGAAAGAUGUGGCGGACACCACACCUGUCACAGAACCAACAGAAGGCGCUGACAUGCAGGAGGAUCCUUAUGACCGCAUCCGCAUGAGCCAAAUCGAUCUGAACAACAAGCUGAUGGAACUGGACCAGGAGUUUGCCAGAACGACGGGCACCAAAAUCUUCCAAAUCGACCGGUCAGAACUCAGCGUGACGUAUCUGGUGCGGCACCCUCUCUUCAAUUUGAUUACUGCAUUCAUGAUCAUCGUGAAUGCAAUACAGAUUGGGUACGAUGCAGAAAUCACUGCCACAACCACGGGCAGCUCGCCACUGUGGAUGAACAUUUGGUCCCUGGUCUGCACCCUGUACUUCGCAGUGGAGUGCACGCUUCGAAUUUGGACUUUCCGUCGGGAAUUCUUCUGCGGUGAGGCCUGGCCAUGGAACCUGUUUGAUUUGCUCCUGGUUGUCUGCUCUGCAGCGGAUUUUGCACCAUUCCUCUACGGUGAUGCAGAGAGCUCAAUUGUACUGGAUGCUUUGCGUGCCCUGAAGCUGCUUCGAAUCAUUCGUGUCUUCCGCGUCUUCCGGGUCAUCAAGCAGCUGUCCAACUUGAUGGUGAUGAUUGCCGACUCCAUCAACUCGCUUCUCUGGGCUUUGGUGAUGCUGGUGAUCAUCAUGUAUGUGUUUGCAGUCUGCAUCAUGACCUUCACCUCGGAUUGGGUGGCGACGUCGUCUGCUGAUGACCCGGUGGUGGGUCGCAUCCAGGGCGCUUUCGGAUCCCUGGGGCAGUCUUUCUUCACCCUCGUGGUCGUCAUGCUCGAUGGUGUGGACUUUGCGGACAUCCUGGAAGACCUCCUUCUGGUAGGUUGGAUGCCCUUUGCACUCCUGAUGUUCUUUGUUCUGUUCACGAAUCUGGCCGUGCUGAAUGUCGUGACAGGCGUUUUCGUUGACCGCGCGCUCGAAGCCGAGAAAUCUCAGAGGGAGUAUCAAGUGGAACGUGCGCUGAAGAAUCAGAUCUCGUUCAAGAAGCAGAUUAUCCAUCUGGUCGCCAAGAUCGACAGCAAUGCAGAUGGGCGCAUUACCCGAGAUGAGUUGCACGCCAUGCUGGAGGAUCGCACUCUGUCAGCUCACUGGGAAACGCUUGGGCUGGUUGGUCUUAACAGGAAACUUCAAGCAGAUCGGCUCUUCAACUUGGUUGACGAAGACUCGGAUGGCGCCAUCUACGUGGAUGAGUUUCUGGACAAAGCCGGCUUCCUGCGCGGCCCGGCCAGCGCCACCCAUCUGCCAACAGAAUGGGAGCCUUUUCAUGGAAUCUGA